AUGUCCACCAUUACAACAGCUGCCCCAGUCGUCACCACCACUACCACCACCACCAUCACAACAGACUCAUCCUACGUACCCCGCGGCCCAACAACCGCCUCCUUGACCUUCUACACACCCCCAGCCGAUAACUCCGUUCCCUUCGCCUACGUCAGCGAACCACCAGCCGGCCAACCCCAGUACAACUACGGCAGAGUCGACCACAAAGUCUCGCUAAGCGACAUUCGCGGCGCCGGAAACCCCUUCACCCUCGACAAAGACUCAUUCCAAACCCUCCAAAACAUCUCCUCCAAAACAACAUACGAAACUUUCGACUCCGACGCCCUCGUCCAAGAAAUAUACUACCCAGAAGUCGAAUCUCUCCUCCUCAACUCCAUCCCAGGCGCCCACAAGAUCGUCCUCUUCGACCACACAAUCCGCCGCGACAAGGCCUCCGCGCACCGCAAGCCCGUCACCCUCGUACACGUGGACCAAACCCCGCGCGCAGCGGAAGCCCGCGUCCGUCUCCAUGUUCCCGAUCCAGCGGAAGCCGAGGCUCUGCUGAAGGGCAGAUACAGGAUUGUGAACGUCUGGCGCCCGCUUAGCGCGGAGGCUGGAGAGCCGGUGCAGUCGUCGCCGUUGGCUUUUGCGUCGGCGGAAUCGGUCGAUCCGGAUGAUUUGGUGCCUGUUCAGCUUCGGUACCCGGAUCGGACGGGCGAGACCAUGGGCGUGAAGCAUAAUGCGGGUCAAAAGUGGCAUUACUGGUCUGGUAUGACGGGUGAUGAGCGGUUGUUGCUUAAGUGUUCGGAUUCGAAGGGGUUGAGGGAUGGCGAUGUGGCGCAGUGGGUGCCUCAUACGGCGUUUUGGGAUGAGAGGACACCCGCUGGAGCGAGGCCGAGAGAGAGUAUUGAGGUUCGGGCUUUGGUUUUUGGCUGA